CUUCUUAGGAGGCAUGCUGGAUGUUUUCUGUCGCGAGGAGGAUGUUGAAACGAAGUUGGUGGAUGAUGUAUGCAGAAAUUGAAGAUGCACGCCACCGCGGCGGGAAACAGCGCCUGCUAGCGGAGGAGGAUGCGCCAGACAGCCCUGGAGAUCCAGUUGGGCACCAGCCAAGCAGGCCCAAGAGGACCACCAGGCACGACUAGUCUACACUAUGUGGAAUAUGGUCGCUCAAGCGUAACAGCACUAUUCCUCUGUCAUCACCAGAGACGUGCACGCAGGCUUGUAUUUCUCUUGUUUUGGUGUUUUUAAGAUUUUGUGCCUAGGCCGGGCCUCGGCGGGCUUGGAGGUGACGAUUGUGCCCCACGAGCCAACUGCAUCUGGCAUGGUACAGGGAUGCCCACUGUAGCCAGCACUGUAACAAGCGCUGUCAACACUGGCAUCUCUUGUCCUCCAGCACAAUGACGUUGUCCCGUCAGCCCUGCCAACACCGUUGGUACUCC